GGAGGCGAGCUGGGUAGACUGGGUAGGCUGGGAGCCCGAGGCUGCUCCGCUAGGCCCACGGCAGUCAGCCAGGAACAAAGAGGCUUCACAUGUAAACUCAAACAAUCUGGAAGACUUCUUCAUAUUUCGCUGAACUUUUAACGAGCGACGUCGCUGCAGUCAUGUCGCUGGGCGCCGAGAGGAGGAUGGAAACCCGGCUGAAGAAGCUGGAGGACAUGAUCAGAGACCCCAGGUCUGCCAUAAACCUGGAAAGUUUGCUGGACUCCAUGAACGCCCUGGUCUUAGACUUGGACUAUCCUGCACUGCGUAAGAACAAAAACAUCGAAACCUUCUUGAACAGAUAUAAAAAUGUCAUUGGCCAAAUUCGGGACCUCCAGAUGAAGUCUGAAGACUUCGACAGAGUUAAAGUCAUUGGUCGAGGGGCAUUUGGUGAAGUCCAGUUGGUCAGACAUAAAGCCUCACAGAAAGUCUACGCCAUGAAGCUCCUGAGCAAGUUUGAGAUGAUCAAGCGCUCAGACUCUGCCUUUUUCUGGGAAGAGAGGGACAUCAUGGCCUUUGCUAACAGUCCCUGGGUUGUGCAGUUGUGCUGUGCCUUCCAAGAUGAACACUACCUCUACAUGGUGAUGGAGUACAUGCCAGGAGGUGACCUGGUCAACCUCACCAGCACCUACGACGUACCGGAGAAAUGGGCCAAGUUCUACACAGCAGAGGUCGUGAUGGCCCUAGACGCCAUUCACUCCAUGGGCUUCAUCCACCGUGAUGUCAAACCGGACAACAUGCUGCUGGACAGACACGGACACCUCAAGCUGGCUGACUUUGGCACGUGCAUGAAGAUGGACUCUACCGGCAUGGUGCACUGCGAUACAGCAGUUGGGACUCCAGACUACAUCUCCCCUGAGGUGCUGAAAUCCCAGGGUGGAGAUGGGUAUUAUGGGAGAGAAUGUGACUGGUGGUCCGUGGGGGUCUUCAUCUUCGAGAUGCUUGUUGGUGACACACCAUUCUAUGCCGAUUCUCUGGUGGGGACCUACAGUAAAAUCAUGGACUAUAAGAACUCCCUCAGCUUCCCAGAUGAUGUAGAGAUCUCCAAAGAUGCCAAGAAGAUCAUCUGUGAUUUCCUGACUGACAGGGAGGUGCGGCUGGGCAGGAAUGGCGUGGAGGAUAUCAAGCAACACCCUUUCUUCAAGAACGACCAGUGGACCUUUGACACCAUCAGAGAGACUGUCGCCCCUGUGGUCCCAGAGUUGAGCAGUGACAUCGACACCAGUAACUUUGAUGAGAUUGAAGAUGACAAAGGCGAUGUAGAAACUAUACCCACACCUAAGGCCUUUGUUGGAAAUCAGCUUCCCUUUGUUGGCUUCACUUACUUCAAAGAAGAUGAGUUACUAAAUGCUAGCAACAAUUCCUCAGUGACUCAUGAGAAUUCGAAAGGAGAGUCAGCAGCAUUGCAGAAGAAACUUCACCACCUGGAGGUGGAGUUGAAGAACGAGAAGCAGGUCAAGGAUGAUCUAGAGCACAAAUACAGAGCUGCCACUAGUCGUCUGGACAAAAUCUCUAAAGAACUUGAGGAAGAGGUGAGCAGCAGAAAGAACCUGGAGUCGAGUCUGAGGCAGCUGGAGAGAGAGAAGGCCCUGCUGCAGCACAAGAGUCUGGAGAGCCACCGCAAGGCCGAGAGCGAAGCUGACAGGAAGCGCUGCCUGGAGAAUGAAGUCAACAGUCUUCGAGACCAGCUAGAUGACCUGAAGAGAAGAAAUCAGAAUUCACAUAUUUCCAAUGAGAAGAACAUUCACCUGCAGAAACAGCUGGAAGAAGCCAACACUUUGCUGCGGGCCGAGUCAGAGGCGGCAACAAGGCUCCGUAAAGCCCAGACAGACGGCAGCAAGCAGCUGCAGCAGCUGGAGGUCAACAUACGUGAGCUGCAGGACAAAUGCUGCCUGCUGGAGCGCAGCAAGUUGAGUCUGGAGAAGGAAUGCAUCAGCCUGCAGGCCGCACUGGAGACAGAGAGGAGGGAGCACAGCCAGGGCUCCGAGACCAUCAGCGACCUUAUGGGCCGAGUCUCUAGCCUGGAGGAGGAGGCACGUCAGCAGAGACAGUCUCUGUCUAAAGCUGAGACUGAGAAGAGACAGCUCCAGGAGAAACUCACUGAUCUGGAGAAGGAGAAGAGCAACAAGGAGAUCGAUUUGACCUACAAGCUGAAGGUGCUGCAGCAGGAGCUGGAGCAGGAGGAAGCCUCUCAUAAGGCCACCAGGGCACUGCUGGCAGACAAGAGCAAGAUCAAAGUGACUAUCGAAGGCGCAAAGUCAGAGUCCAUGAAGGAGAUGGAGCAGAAGCUGGCAGAGGAGCGAGCAGCCAAACUGCGUCUGGAAAACAGAAUACUGGAGCUGGAGAAGCACAGCAGCAUGAUGGACUGUGACUACAAACAGGCUUUGCAGAAACUAGAUGAGCUGCGCAGACACAAGGACCGCCUCACUGAGGAGGUGAAGAACCUGACGCUGAAGAUUGAGCAGGAGACCCAGAAGCGUAGCCUGACCCAGAAUGACCUGAAGGCCCAGAACCAACAGCUCAGUGCUCUGAGAACGUCAGAGAAACAGCUCAAGCAGGAAACCAAUCACCUGCUGGACAUUAAGCGCAGCUUGGAGAAACAGAACCAAGAGCUGCGCAAAGAAAGACAAGACACAGAUGGACAAAUGAAGGAACUGCAGGACCAGCUUGAAGCUGAACAGUAUUUUUCUACGCUGUAUAAGACCCAGGUACGUGAACUAAAGGAAGAGUGCGAGGAGAGGAACAAACUAUACAAAGAAGUGCAGCAGUCUCUACAGGAGCUACAGGAGGAGAGGGGCUCAUUGGCAGCUCAGCUUGAGAUCACUCUGACAAAGGCUGACUCUGAGCAGCUGGCACGCUCCAUCGCUGAGGAGCAGUACUCAGACCUGGAAAAGGAGAAAAUAAUGAAGGAGCUGGAACUGAAGGAGAUGAUGGCCCGCCAUCGACAAGAGCUCGCUGAGAAGGACAUCACCAUCAGCUCGCUGGAGGAGGCCAACCGCACCCUGACCUGUGAUGUUGCCAACCUGGCCAAUGAGAAGGAAGAACUGAACAACAAACUGAAGGAGGCACUAGAAGAAUCAGAGAAGUCAAAGGACUGGGAGCAGCAGAUCAGCCAGAUGAAGCAGACAUUUGAGAAGCAGCUGCAGUCAGAGAGGACGCUAAAAACUCAGGCCGUCAAUAAGCUAGCGGAGAUCAUGAACAGGAAGGAAGUUCGUGGUGGAGGCAGUCGCCGUGGUAAUGACACAGACAUGCGGCGAAAGGAGAAGGAGAACAGGAAGCUGCAGUUGGAGCUGAGGUUGGAGAAGGAAAAGCUCAACAGCACCAUCAUCAAAUACCAGAGAGAGAUCAAUGAAAUGCAGGCGCAACUGGCGGAUGAGAGCCAGAUGCGUAUUGAGCUGCAGAUGGCUCUGGACAGUAAGGACAGUGAUAUCGAGCAGCUGAGAAAUCUCCUGCAGUCACUCAGUGUUCAAUCAAUGGACUCAGCCAGCGUCAGCAGUGGGCCAGAAUUUGAUGCUGAUGAUGCGUACACAGAAACCAGGCUUGAAGGGUGGCUCUCUCUCCCUGUCCGAAACAACACCAAGAAAUUUGGGUGGGAGAAAAAGUAUGUAGUAGUGAGCAGCAAGAAGAUUCUCUUCUACAACAGUGAGCAAGACAGAGAGCAGUCCAAUCCCUACAUGGUGCUUGAUAUAGACAAACUCUUCCAUGUGAGGCCAGUCACUCAGACAGAUGUGUACCGUGCUGAUGCCAAAGAGAUUCCCAGGAUAUUCCAGAUUCUUUAUGCCAAUGAAGGCGAGAGUAAAAAGGAACCAGAGUUUCCUGUGGAGCCACUGCCCAUUGGAGAGAAGUCCAGCUACAUCUGCCACAAAGGCCAUGAGUUCAUCCCCACACUCUACCACUUCCCCACCAACUGUGAGGCAUGCACCAAGCCGCUGUGGAACAUGUUCAAGCCGCCACCUGCUCUGGAAUGCCGGCGCUGCCACAUCAAGUGCCACAAGGACCACAUGGACAAGAAGGAGGAGAUCAUUGCUCCCUGCAAAGUGAACUAUGAUGCCAAGAACCUGCUGCUGCUGGCUGUGUCCCAGGAGGAGCAGCAGAAGUGGGUGAACCGGCUGGUAAAGAAGAUUCCCAAGAAACCUCUGCCACCAGAGCAAUUUGCACGCUCUUCACCACGCGCUUCCAUGAAGGUCCAGCCCAGCCAGUCCUUGAGAAGGCCGAGUCGACAGCUGCCCACCAGCAAGAGCAGCUCUCGCAGGUCAAAUGGCUUCAGAACGAGGGGAGAUGAUUCCAAGAAUGAACACAGUUAACCUUGCUUAAAAGUGUGGUGCAUCUUCAAGGUGAUGGGGUGUAUUUCCUCCUAAAUCAAAGACUAUUCAAAGCUCUGUUUGCAGAUGAGCACACUGAAGUCCACUUCCCCACAACUCACCCUGUCUUGCUUCAGCCUGUGAGAGUUAUAAAGUCUAUUUUUUUCCCCUUUUAUUGUACUUCUUUCCUGGCCACUUGAAGCGGUAAUGACUAUCAAACUCACCUCAGUGUUCGUCAUCUUUUCACCACGCUGGAUGAUCUGUAAGCAUAUUAGCACAAGUUUUCUACUGGGCUCUAGAUCAAGCCAUUGUCUUUGGGGCACUGGACGAGCUCAUUCAUCCCCCACAGAUGAGAAGGGAGGUCUUGGCUGGCAAGAAGGGGAUACACUUACCUCAACACUCCUCACCAGGACGCAGAUUGAAGGACGCAACAGGAAAACACAGCUUCUUCUCACCGCCUUCUGGGAUUUGUGUGGCCAAAUUAAAAAGAAAAACACUGUUUAAUGAUUGUAAACAAUAUUAGUGAUUUAAUGGGGAACACUAGAGUCAGAAGAUAUUAAAUUCUGCAAUUUGUUGACUGAUUACAGCUCAGGAUUGUUGAGCCUGUUUCCAGAAACAAUAUCUGUACUUUGGCUUAUUCAACAUGUUCUUGAACAUUUUCAUUCUAGCUUCCUGCUUUCCAUUAUACUGCAUUCAAGUGCACGUCCACAUAGGCCAUAGAAACUUGAAUAAGGUACUUAAUCAGGCCUGUUAGUUAAGUCAGUUAGCCAAGUAAGGGACGUCAGAGUCCUCCUGGAUUUGAGCAAAUACUUGCUCGAGUGCCUCUUAUUCAGAUUUCUGACUCAGGCGCACUCUGCAUCAACCAUUUUGUUGUACAGUAACAGGUAUAAGUGACCAAAAUCCUGCCCUGAAUGGCAUUAGAUGGAGUACCAGACAUGAGGACCUCACAAUCCCAUAAUCUUACAAACCUGCACUGUCAGUUCUGAGGGUUAAUGUUUACUGAGUCCAAGGGGUGCACCAUUAAUGCUUUUCUGACCUGAACUCGGCUCCUUUUGUUUGAAUGUACGUCUGGGCUUUACCAGACAUGACACGUAGGCAUUGUAUUACUUCUAUCCAAAUAUACUUGACUGAAGUCUCCCUUUCACCAUCGACUACUCUGAGUGAAUAUGCAUCUGUUUGCCUUGUCAGGCCUCACACUUGAGUGCUGUCA